CCCCGCCCGGCCCAGCCCCGCCCGCUGCCGCGGGCGCUCGGGCCGCCGGCGCCUCCCCCGCCGCGGCGGCGGCCUGAUGCGGCACCCGGCACCGCCCCGCCCGGCUUUUUCUUCCCUUCUCGCGGCGAACCCUCCGCUCUGAUAUCUCUGGGGGCGAGGCGGGGGCGGUGACGCCCCGUGCCCGGAGCCGGCCAUGCGGGGCGCGGCCCCCGGCGGCCCGGCGGCGGGCGGCAGGCGCUGAGUGCGGGCGCGGCGAUGCCGAUGCCGGGGGGCGACGGGGCCGCGGCGGCCAGGCAGCCCCCGUCCGGCGAGGCGGCGGCACCGCGGGACGAGGAGCAGCAGGAGGAGGAGGGCGAGGAGGAUCUUCGCGACGGCGGCGUCCCCUUCUUCGUCAACCGCGGCGGGCUGCCCGUGGAUGAGCCCACCUGGGAGCGGAUGUGGCGGCAUGUGGGCAGGAUCCACCCCGAGGGGGACCGGGUGGCGCAGAGGAUCCGGGGCGCCGCCGACCUGCCCAAGAUUCCCAUACCAAGUGUGCCUGUGUUCCAGCCGUCCACCCCCAUCCCUGAGCGCCUGGAAGCUGUACAGCGCUACAUCAGGGAGCUUCAGUACAAUCACACUGGGACACAAUUCUUUGAGAUUAAGAAGAGCAGACCUCUGACUGGGCUGAUGGACCUGGCCAAAGAAAUGACCAAAGAGGCCCUGCCAAUAAAAUGCCUGGAAGCUGUGAUCCUGGGAAUUUACCUCACCAACAACAUGACCACACUGGACCGUUUCCCCAUCAGCUUCAAAACCCACUUCUCAGGGAACUACUUCCGACACAUCGUGCUGGGGGUGAACUUUGGCGGCCGCUAUGGGGCACUGGGCAUCAGCCGCCGCGAGGAACUGAUGUACAAAGCGCCCGUCUUCCGCACACUGAGCGAACUCAUCUUUGACUUCGAGGAGGCGUAUCGCCGCUGCUGGCACACGCUGAAAAAGGUGAAGCUGGGCCACUGCGUGUCCCAUGACCCACACAGUGUGGAGCAGAUCGAGUGGAAGCGCUCCAUUCUGGAUCUAGACAAGCUAACACGGGAAGACUUUCGCAAAGAGCUUGAGAGACACGCCCGUGAUAUGAGGCUGAAGAUUGGGAAAGGAACUGGACCACCAUCUCCCACCAAGGACAGAAAGAAAGAUGUCUCCUCCCCACAAAGAGGUCAGGCCAGCCCCCAUCGGCGAAACAGCCGUGGGGACCGACGGCCAUCUGGUGAGAAGAAGCCUGCCGAUUCCAAAGCCAUGCCAGACCUCAAUGGAUACCAGAUCCGGGUAUGAAGAGAGCUGUGCCUUGUUGUGCCUGGCUCCAUGGACUUCUUGCUGGCCACAAUUGAGACCUGGAUCCACCUGCAGUGAUUCUGACAAAUGGGACAGGGGAGUGGGAGCAAAAGAGAGUGCUGAUUUUCCCAGGUGCUUACCAGUGGGCCAGUCCCAGAGCUGGAUCCCAUGGGUCCCAGAGGAUUCGCCUGCCUGUUUCUGGGAGAGGUGACCAUCUUAAUUCACUUAAGUAUUUUUAAAAAAAAAAGAAAAAAAAGAAAAAAAUAUGUACAUUAGUGGGAGUUUGCUUCAGGAAGAAUAUUAAAUGAGUGGGGUCAGUGGACUUGCUAUCUUUGCCUUGACAGCAAGUAAGUGGAGCAUCUUGUCAACAGUACUUCUUCCCUGUGUGCACAGAAGUUUUCAACCCCUGCAAGGCCUGCAGGGCUGAGGGAGAAGUGAUGCUGGAAUGGGAUGGCCCCUGAAUCUUGUACAAAAACUCCUGGUCUUGUCAUUACGAACACUUUGUUUAUCAUUGCUCUUGUGAGAGUAGUCUGAAUUUGCUCAGCCUGAUUUAUUGACCAUACAAAGUCUUCUCAUCCAGAAAAAACACAUCUUGUAUGUUUAGUCCUGCCUAUUUCAAAGUAUUUCAUUGUCUCUGGGGGGGUAGACAAUGGAAUGCUGGUGAACUGUUGCUGUAGGUCCUUUGGUGGUUGAGUGGAUCAGGAUAUGCCUAUACCACUGCUACAUGGAAACAGGCAUAGAGAGCUCAAUUGUUCCAGCAAUGGAAAUGGGGCAGGUGGGGGGUGGUGGAAAACCUGAACUUCACAUGGUCUGUUCAUCAGCCUUCUCUCUAUUAACUUCUAGUGGCUGCUACUCAGAAAGCUUGUGGCAGGCACUUCAGUCACUGAGGUACGAGUUUUAAGAGUAAAAAGUUAAGGAAGGAUGUAAUCAUGUGAACAGGUUUUACAAGCAUUUUUUUCUUUUUCACAAGGCUCUUGCUCCUUCCUCCCUAUUGUGUUAGUGCCAGAGUUGCAUACACCUGUUUGUGAGAAGCUCUGCUCAAGAAAAUUGCAGCUGCUUUCUUGACAGCUCACCCUGGAGCCUCCUGAAAGCAGUUCCCCACCCCAGUGCCAGAGCUGUGCUUGUGUUCUGGCUCUUUGGAUAGCUGCAGUAUGUAACAGCACCAGGUACACUAAUCUUUCCCAAAGGGCUGGGCUGGGCCUUUCUGCCACUUAUGGCCUUUACUUCCUAUGCUUCUUUUGGGGGAGUGUUGUACUACUGAUUCAGCAGUGUAAUGCUUGUCAGAAAUUUGGAGUAUUGUCAGGAUCUCUCUGUUUGAGGCCUAGGCCAUGGGAACAGUGGGAUUUCCAGAAGUCAGAACAGCAUGGUCUUAAAGUAAUUUGGAUGCAUGGAUCUGGGGGAUGCAUAAACUGAGCUUGGGAGUAGGAGUAUCCUGGUGAGAAACAGUCUUGUUUUAUCACAGCACUGACAAGGAGCUAAACUUUCUGAAAUACCACAUAUUUAAUUUUGUUAAAACUGAGUUUAUUCUUUCCUUUCUUUCUUUGUUGGAAACAUGAUGGAGCUGAGCUCUACUAGUUUUUUUGUUACAGUAUUCUUGUGCCACAUCCUCAUAAUAAGUAGAGCUAUUUUGGGGGCAGAGAAUGGGUUCUUAACCCCAAACAAAUCAGCUCUUCUGCCUAGUUAAAGCAGUUAAUCCUUGAAGCACCACCCACAAGCGAUUUAACUCAGACCUUACAGGUUCCUAAUUGUACAUCCUUAACUGUGAUGUAACUUGCAAGACGUAUCCAUACUACUGCAGUCAGUUCUUCCAAUCUCCCUCUGUAGUCUGUACUUUUCUGCUGUGCUGUACAACCAGGAGGAAAAUCUAUAAGAAGGUGGCAGAACUUGCUGCUGAGCCAAGAGAAGGUUAAUCCAGAAGAGGAUGCCAGUUUCCACAGUGCAGUGCAACACCUGUCCACUCCCUUAUUAUUCCAGCUACAUGCAACAACUGAAGUUAACAGCAGCAGUGAGCCAAGCACCCAUUUGAACAUGUCCUCUGGUCAUUUUUGUGUGGCUGUAAAUUAACAUAUUUAGGGUCUGGAUGCUAAUGAUGAUGCUAGCUGUAAAGGCACCACAGCUACCUGUAAAUAAUAUGGGCCACUUGGAAGCCACAAACUGCCUUUGCAUAAUGUUUACUAUGCAGCGGACUGAAAGUUCAGAUGCCACUGUGAAUCAUAUGAUAAAUACAAGCAGCAGUCAGCAAGGGGAAACUGACUGUCAGGCUUUAUUAUAAAGUGGAUGAAAUCCAGAAUUUAAAAAAAAAUUAUAAAAGAUGCCUAGAAUGCAUCUUCACUAUGACUUUGUUUAGUCAGUUGGUUAGUUAAUUCAGGGUAACUGGAGAGCUCUUGAGAGUAAUCAGUAGUGUAAUACAGACAACAUUGAAUAACUGGACAGACUUGAGCUUUUUUAGAUGGAAAGGGGAAAUGUGGGGGUGGGAGGAAGACUUUACAACAGAUGAGACAAGUGAGGGGUCAGCUGCAAGUUAAUGAUGCAUUCUUGAGAGCAGGGCAACAGGGGUGUUCAGCAGUGUUAGAUCACCACAUCAGAAUGGCUUAAAACAAAAUGCUUUGUUUGACUUUGUAAUUAAGAGCUUUCCUGCAGGAUGUAACUGAGGCCAAUAGCUUAGAAAAAGCUAUUAGCUUAGAAAAAGCAAAGGAAAUGGAUGUUUAAGAUAUGAAUGACAGGUAGAGUUCAAGGUCUCUUAAUCCUCAGCUGCAGCUAGACAAGAACAUCCUCUUUCAAGAUCUAGUUGCACAAUUAUAUAUGUUAGGAAGUGUUUAAUUCUUUGCUUGUAUCUAAUGUUGAUUAACUUCUCAAGAUGGACACAGGAGCAGACAAGUGCGCUCUGCUAGGGUUAUGAUUUCAAGCCUUCUAAUGUGUUUCUCUGUGUAGAAUUCCUGCUCCUUACUGUUUCUGUAUCUCCAAUUCAGCAGAUGGUACAAGAAACUGGAAAAGGACCAUAGAGUUCUCCCCUUCUUGCUCUCGCUCCCCCCAUCUUUGUAACAGGAUGAAUCACUUCAAUACAAAGCUUUGCUUCCUUCCUAACAAACAAAACCACAUUCUUCCAUGACAGAGAGGAUUAAUGCAAUCUAGCUUUAUGCUGUAAGAAAGCUGAGGGUGCAGUGCAAGACAAAGUUUAGCACUUCAACUUCUUUCCUCCCCCACCUGCUUGGUCUGGUUUCUGGUCUGUCUGCCUUUAACCAUAAGGAAAAAGGUGAUGAGAGUCUUUUUCACUUCUGCAGGCUUUAGAGCUACACAGAAGGAAUGAUAAUGUAAGUCAUACUGCUUUAGUGCCUGCAGAACAAGGAAGAUGGAUCUCAAGGAGUCCUAUUAAUUUUUUAAUGUUAAAUAUUAAUAGGGUCACUCAUGUAGCUGUGUGAUGUAAAUUUCAGUGUUCAGUAGGUCUCACAUGUCUAUUCUGCAGUACAAGUCCUGUGAACUCUGUGGAAAGGAACUGUGUUUGUACACUAGGAAUGGAUAGAAACUGCCUGCAUUGUAUGUGAAGCUGAGGCGAGCUUUGAAAGACUUCAACAAAUGCUGACCUAUUACUGGCAAAACUAUUCUAAACAUAAUGCAAACCUUGAAAUAAGAGCCCCUCUUUAUACUUUUAUGUAGACAAGUCUCUGAUACCUGGCCAACUGCAUUUUUUUUAAUGGACAGAAUCAUUAGUGAGCAAAAAUUUCUGCUACAGCAUCACUCUGAUACAAACUUUGUACAUUAAUGAGCAGGGUUGGGUGUCCAGUCUGUGACACACUAACCUUUUUUUUUUACUGGUAGAAGCUAAAGGAGUAUUUAGGAAAUUGAUGUGUGUUAGCAACUGUUUUAGGUGGGAGUGAAGUGGUUUUUUUUCAGUGCUUAUUUUUCAGUUACUGUGGUCCAGGGUAUGGGUCAGUACAGUUUCCUUGGAUCUAUCAGAAUAAAUUACUCCAGAACUGUAGUUGAAACAUAAUCACAUAGUAGCUGUAUUGCUGUUUUCAAAUCUGCUUAACAGGAUGAAUUUUCUUUUAAGUAUUUCAGGUGAAAGCCUUAAUCAGGUGCCUGCCCCCUAAGGCAGACUCAUGUGUGGUGUUGUAUAGAUUGGAGCAUGACUGUCCUUAAAAUUUCAGAGUUUAAGAAACCAUAAUGAACAGAAGAAAGCUCCUGUUAGCCAAAGGGCAAGAGUCUGGAUUAGAUUGGCUUGACCUUGCUCCAGUGGCACUGGCUAAUCACUUCAGGUGGUUGCUUUAGCUACCUGCUUCUUCUGAGUGAAGUAUUUCAAGUGGUCCUGAUAAUCAAACAGUAGGUAUAGGCAGGGGGUGUCCCAGGUGUAUUGUGUGUGCAAGUCUGGCUGAAAUAACACCACACAUACCAGUGGCCUUGCACUGUUGUCCUGACAACAUUUAGACCUGCAUUAUGGAUUUCUAAUUUUACUUAAAGCAAGUGCUAUUCUGGCUUGAUGUUUGCCCUCCCAGGGAAAGGUGGAGAUGGCCCCUCUACAGCCAAGCUGAACUCCUUAGGGAAUUUAAUAUUUCUGUGUGUCUUCUGAGCAGGUGUUUACUUGUAUCACAACCACUCUCCUUCAGUGGUGCCCUGGCCCUUUCUGCUCAAGAGCAACUCAGUUUAGGCCCAGAAGGCCCCUGAAUGCCCCAUAAUCUCUGCAGAGCAGAGUUUCCCUCCAGGUCAGGGUUGAGAUGGUGCUAGUGGGACCAGAGCGGUCCUCUUCCACGCACAUCAGUAUUCUACUCCAGCACUGAUAGAGUGCUCCAAAACCAUUUACAUCUUUAUCACUGGUACAGCUCAGAACUAAGAAAUUGAAAGUUUUUUUCUUUAAGAACAGUAUCAUGUGUGUAUUUUUGUAAUUAAUCAGUGUGGUUCUGUGUUCUUACAUAGCCAACACAGAAUUUUUAUUUAGAUUUAGUUUUUACCGCACUUCCCAUGACCCUCAUGUUGAUACUUCUUCCAGCUUCCUUUAACACUUAGACAAUAAAAUUCCCUCUGUACUGCUCUCAGCUUGUGCAGAGAAAACAA